CUCGCAGGUGUUGCCAAUCAGCUGAGCCCUUUCGAAACAAGACUCGCAUGAAAAGAGUUAGCAGUUUUUGAUAUGUGGUUUUAUUUUAAUUCACCGUAAAAUGUGUUAAAGUGAAGAAAGGAACAGAACGACAUCAACAAGAACUUAGGAGCAGCAGCAGUACGGACAGCGGGAAACUUUGCAGCUAAGCGUGAAGCACAGAUCGUGUUGAUAAUCAUGGACGCGGUGGUGAAAUUCACCUCCCAGAGUCAAGGGAGAGACCGGAUAUUCAGGGCGACCCAAUAUGCAUGUGCACUGUCCAUAUAUUUACUUCGUAACAACCCUGAGAGAAAGGACCUGGUUAACAAACUUAAAAGUUUGGAAACUAACAUAAGUGCUGGACGAAAAUUGCUCAGGCUGGGAAACACAGCCAAUUCCAUUGUGGCUGUUAAACAAGCCAUGAGACUCUCCGACCGAGUGCUACGCCUGUGCAUCACUGCGGCCAACAUCAACCGGGCCCUCUACUUUAUCUGUGAUAACUUACUGUGGGCCAGAAAUGUGGGUCUGAUCCUGAGUAUCGACAAGGAACGCUGGAGCAUUAACGCCUCUCGCUGCUACCUGUACUCAUUAGUGAUGAAUCUGACCCGAGACCUGUAUGUAAUCCUCCAGCUGAUGCUACAGAAAGGGAGAGAUAACCACUUCAAGCAGAAAAUGAACCAGCAUCUCAGUGAAUCUCCGGAAGUAGCUGAAGUAACUAUUCCUGAGCUGGACGCGUUUGUUUUCCUACUACUGGAGACUCUCAGAUCAGAGCCGACGGUUGCUUUGGACACCGUGAAAAACAUCUGCGAUCUCUUCAUUCCUUUAGACAAACUGGGCAUUUACAAGUCGAGUGCAGGGUUAGUUGGAUUCUGUGGGCUGGUAUCGUCCCUGAUAGGCAUUUUAACCCUUGCACGACCCACUUUAAGGAUCAAACCAUGAUAACGAGGGUGGAGUUAGACCAAAGGUUAAAAAGGAUCUAGGAUUUAUUUUCCAAUGACAAACGCUAGCAAUAACAAGCGUCUGCAUACAUGUGUGAACCUUAAAACAUUUCCGGUCUAAUUAAAUAAUUAGAGAUGCACCGAUCAAGCUUUUUCUGUCAGAUUAACUUCAGGUGUCUCUGGUUUGAACUGCUGAUUCAUCAUUUUAGAUAAGAAAGAAAAUGAAGUGAUUUCAAGAUAAAUCUCUAUUCAUGGAUUUAAGCAUGUCGUUAAUCAGUUUUAUUUUUAUUAUAAGCACAAAGUAGCUGGUUGAUGUGGUCCAAAAUUUUAUUAAUGCUUUUUUUAUGCUUAUAAUAAACAGGGAAUAAAUAAUGAAAAAUGUUCAGUAUUUGAGUUGCUGAUCAGGGCUGAUCAAGGGGAAAAAGUCUAAUCUGCUUUUGACCAAGUAAUUGGUGCAUCUCUAUGUAUAAUUAAGUGAUCCACUUAAGAAAAUAUUUUUCUUAAACAUUUAACAUUUAAAGAUCCAAGAUUUUUUUUUUUUAUUCCUGUCCUCUACCAGCAGUUUCACAGAUGAUAGUUUUCCAAGUAUAAUGAAAAACAUAAAGGCUUGUUUAUCUGCUCUAGAAAAUAUAACAUUUUUAUCUGUGUGGAUGGUUUAAACUUGCUGGAAGUUUAUGGCAUUUUGAAAAUCUUCCAAUUAACUAUUUUUGUACCUAACCGCAGUGUUUAAAUGCAAUUAUUUGUAUCCAUUUGCACUUUGCUUUGUACCUGAUUUGUGAUGUUUUAAAUAAAAAAAAAGUUUACAUUUUAGACUCAGUCAACCAUAAAAAAAUGGAUUCUGACUCUAUUGAGUUAUAUUUAUUUACCAGGUGGAUGUCAAUCAUAUAUCUUGGUUUCAUAAGGUCAUAACCCUUUUCUUUUUCUUUGUUGAUUUUAAAAGAUUGACUGGCAGAGACAGGAACUACAGGCAAUACAUUUUGAGAUUUAUAUUAAAUUGUGCUUAAAAAUUCAGCUAAAUGGAACAAAUCUGUGAUGGUAAUUUAUCUGCAUAUUUCAUUUUAAAUGCUUAAUUCACAAAAUAAAUAAAUGGAUAUCAAAAUGUCAAAAGGGUAUGAAAGGGUAUUGCUUGUGGAUGUGAAAAGGAAGGCUGAGAUAAAAUGAUGAAUGCGUGCAUAAUGAAGGCGCAUUAAUAAAAUGGCUUACUGACAAAGAGCUGCAGCAAGCUGGCUGAUCAUUGAUGUCCAGGCUAUGGCCUCUGCUCUGCGGUCAAAAGCAUGCUGAAUUCAUUUGAAUGAGAUGAAAACACAUAGAUGGUUUAGAUGUUCCAGGGAAGGAAUCUGCUGGCUUUAUCUAAAAAUAAUGUAACUGAAACUUAACAUGAAGAGAUAUGAAAGAUUAGGAAGGGGAAAAAAAACUAUUCACAGGUUAUCUUGUUUUUCUUUUUUUCUAAAAUAGAUUUAACCUUUGGACUUUGUUUCAUACACCAGGGGUUUAAAGCAGGUUUACUUAAAACGUAACAUUUUAAAAUCAGUUCAACUACCCAGAGCUAAACUAGUCAGGAGCAGGUUUUGUUCAGUAAACUCAGUGUUCGUCGUUUUCACCCUACUUAAAGCCAAUCCUAUUGUUUAUUUCCCGAUUUAGUCAGUUUUCUGCAAACAAUAAAAAAGGAAAAUCAUUUACUAGGUCCGUUAUAGAUAUUAGGUGUUAAAAAUAAAAACAGCAUGUUAUUAAGAAGAGGCUCCAUUUAAAGAAUAACCACAUUAAUUCACAGAGAAUAACAUAUUUACAGGGAGACUCUAUGCUAUUUUAGUGGUCUACAAAUGGAACAACAGAGAGGGGUGCGCUUAUAAAUUUUAAAAUGGCCUGCACCUUGAGUCUGUAUAUAUACCUAUGCAUUAACUGAGCAGAAAUUUUAUCCUACGUCAUCUCUCUUUCGCAGCUGUAGUGCAGU